CUAGGGCUAGCGGAGAAGGGUGCAAUUUCUUCCUGAGUUGCCAAAACGGCCGCCCCUUUCCCCCUUUCUCCAUCACUUCACUUCAAAACUGUUAUACCUAUCAGAGAAACAGAGAAUAUUUUGGGAACAAAAUUUAGUUGGGACCAAAAGAAGAAGAGAAGUAGAAAGCAGAAUCGGCGUAAGAUAGACCUUGCGAAUCUUUGAAAAAUCGCACUAAUAAAUCAAGUUGAUUCUUUUUUUUUUUGUUGGCUCGUCCACUAUAUUUGCGUGCUUCGUACGGUCUAUCCAACGCCAAUCUGCAAUCUUCCUCUCUCCUUCUUUACCCGGUUCUAUUCACUCCAUUCGAAUUUUGGAUCCCUUUUUAUGCCGAAGAAUAAACUUUGAUUCUAGGGUUUAAUACAGUAUCUGGGCUGUCUGUUAUUUUAUUCAUGCAGUUCAUAGAGUAGUUGUAGCUCAUUUUGGUGUGCAUAAAUUGGUAAAAAUUAUUAUAAUACUGUAUAUUUUGUUGCUCAUUUGGGUGCGCAUGAAUUGGUAAAAAUUAUUACAAUACUGUAAUGGAGGUUGAUGAUGGUCGAGGUUCUGAGAAACCCUCAUACUGGCUUGAUGCUUGUGAGGAUAUUUCCUGUGAUGAUUUAAUCCAAGAUUUUGUCCCCGUUGAGCCAUCGAAUCAAUUGGGUCCGGUUGAUGGCAGUGUUGAUCCUUGUUUCUUCGGUGGAAUUGAUGGGAUUCUUGAAAAAUUAAAGAGUGGUGAUGAUUCUGUACCUUGUGUGGAUCACAAUGAUAGUAAUGGAUGUAGUAAAGGUUCAGCUGCAGCUGAAAUUAUUAAGCACAAUGAGCCACAAGUUAACAAGGAUAAUACUAAGCAAAACGGAAGUGACAGGGGAAAGAAGUAUUUGCAUGAAGGAAAUGGACUUUCUAGGCAUAAGGAACGAGAUUAUCAUGAUAGUAAAGAAGAGAGAAAUGGCAAAAGGGCACGACUUAGUGGUGAUAGCCGCGAGAAGAGAGGCCGUGAUAGACCACCUUUGGCGGCGAGGAAGAGAUUCCGCGACCUCGAGAAUGAUGAGAUCAAUAGAGUAGAUAGGGAUCAAAGGAAGAGAAGGGAAAAUCAUGGUGGGAGAGAUAGAGAAUGGAGGGAAGGAAGGGGCUUCUGGGAAAGGGACAAAGAAAAGAAUGAGAUGGUAUUUCGGGUGGGUUCAUGGGAAGCGGAUAGAAAUCGAGAGGGGAAGUUAUCGACUGAGAGAAGCGUUGAACCUUCUGGAGCUAUUGAGAAGAAAGAUGUUAAACCAAAGGAACAAGCUCCCAAGGAGCAAGCACGCAAGUAUCAGUUGGAUGUACUUGAGCAUGCCAGAAAGAAAAAUACAAUUGCUUUUCUUGAAACAGGAGCAGGAAAAACGCUUAUUGGCAUCCUCCUCAUGAAGAGUCUGUGUAAUGACUUGCACAAACAGAACAAGAAGAUGCUGGCUGUCUUUCUGGUCCCUAAAGUUCCACUUGUUUAUCAGCAAGCAGAAGUUAUUCGUGAGCAAACAGGUUAUCAAGUUGGCCAUUAUUGUGGUGAGAUGGGCCAAGAUUUUUGGGAUGCACGAAGGUGGCAGCGUGAGUUUGAAACUAAACAGGUCUUGGUUAUGACUGCUCAGAUUCUUCUGAACAUCUUGAGGCACAGUAUAAUAAAAAUGGAAGCAAUUAAUCUCCUUAUUCUGGAUGAAUGCCAUCAUGCUGUGAAGAAGCAUCCGUAUUCUUUAGUAAUGUCUGAGUUCUAUCAUACAACGCAAAAGGAGAAAAGGCCAUCUGUUUUUGGCAUGACUGCUUCACCUGUUAACUUGAAGGGUGUUUCCAGCCAAGUUGAUUGUGCAAUAAAGAUUCGUAAUUUGGAGACGAAAUUAGAUUCUGUCGUCUUUACCAUAAAGGACCGCAAGGACCUCGAGAAACAUGUGCCAAUGCCGUCAGAAGUAGUAGUGGAGUAUGAUAAAGCCGCUAGUUUGUGGUCCCUUCAUGAACAAAUAAAACAAAUGGAAUCAGCGGUUGAAGAAGCUGCGCAGUCAAGUUCCAGAAGAAGUAAAUGGCAAUUUAUGGGUGCUCGUGAUGCUGGAGCUAGAGAAGAGCUGCGCCAAGUCUAUGGUGUAUCUGAAAGAACUGAAAGUGAUGGGGCUGCUAAUUUAAUUCAAAAGUUGAGGGCUAUCAACUAUGCUCUUGGUGAACUGGGACAGUGGUGUGCCUAUAAGGUAGCGUGUUCUUUUUUAACAGCUUUACAAAAUGAUGAAAGGGCAAGCUACCAGCUUGAUGUCAAGUUCCAAGAAUCCUACCUGGAUAAGGUUGUCUCUCUCUUGCAAUGCCAGUUAUCAGAGGGAGCAGUUGCAGAAAAUGGUAAGAUGGAUGAAAGUAACAAUCCGAAUAGUGAUUGUGAUAGGCCUGAUGAGAUGGAGGAGGGCGAGCUUCUUGAAAGUCAUGUUGUAUCUAGUGGAGAGCAUGUAGAUGUGACUUUAGGAGCUGCUGUGGCUGAUGGGAAAGUGACACCAAAAGUUCAAUCAUUAAUUAAGAUACUUCUCAAGUAUCAGCAUACAGAGGAUUUUCGUGCUAUAAUAUUUGUUGAACGUGUUGUGACAGCCUUGGUUCUUCCGAAGGUUUUUGAGGAGCUCCCUUCACUAAGUUUUAUCACUUCAUCAAGUUUAAUUGGGCAUAACAAUAGUCAAGAAAUGCGAACAGGCCAAAUGCAGGACACGAUAGCCAAAUUUCGAGAUGGUCGUGUAUGUCUCAGUACCAAGCUAUGUACUCAAUAUCGUUGUUAUUAGUUUUACAUCAGUAGCCUACCAGCAGCAUUUAGAAGGUUUACUCUUUAGUAUUGGCAGUAGAUUAAUGUUAUAUGAUAUUAUUAGCGGCCGUCACUUAUUUAUGCAUUUUCAAGUUGGAGUUAACUCUUAUGUGUGACAUGCCUGCUUUUUAAAAACCUUUACUGCCGGCCUUGCUAUUCUUGAGUUCUUUAUUGAAUCUUUGCUGAAAAUGAAGCAGUGAUUUGAAAUG